CUCUCUCUCUCUCUCUCUCUCACCUUAAAACCAAAAAACACAGGAGACUCUCCGCGCUUCCCAGAACGAUCCAGAUGGGGGCAGUAGCGGGUGUUUGAAGUAUAAAAUUGAUGUGUUUUUUAAUUUGAGAAUAUAUUAAAAUAAUAUUUUUUUUAUUUUUUAAAAAAUUAAUUUUAACAUUUUCAUACUAAAACAAUCUAAAUAUAUAAAAGAGUUAAUUUUUUAUAAUAUUUUUUUUCUACUUUCUGUUUAGAACACAAUUCCUAGCUAGCAGUCUCUACCUUACCACAGCACACAAGUGUCAUAACAUAAUUAGGCCAAAAACAAAUUCUCCGUUCUCUUUUCUUUCUUUUUGGCUGGUUGUGGGCCUUUCUCUCCCCCUUGUGUUCUACAUUAAUUUCUUUGCGAUUUGCAGUUGAUCUUUGUAAAGAAAAGAGAGAGGUUCAGUUUAGCAGAUCUGUGGAUCAUAAAAAAAAGUUUGCCAUUUUAUAGGAAGGAAUAAAAUUGGAGGAAAGAAGAGAACUGAAGAGAGGAGGAGGCUCUAAUAUGCUACUGGCUGAAGCCUCCUGUAGGACAAAUGGACGACCUGUGGCAUCAUAAAGUGGAUUUUUCCUGAACAUUUUCAACAUUACUGAUUUUAAAUUAUCACUUGGAAUGCUUAGAAUACAUUGAAAUCUGCAGGAUUUUUCCCCUUUCCCGUGUAAUAGAGAUGAAAGGAAACUUUUGUAGAUUGAAGGGGAGGCACCUUUCUGUUACUCUGCUUGUCCUUACUUUUACAACCAUAUUUCUCUGGGCGUGGGAAAAGAAUCCUUUUGUUACUACUUUGCGGUCAGCGCAAGAGCAGUUCAAUUUUCAUACUUCAGAGUUUGUUGUUGAUACUCCCAAAGGCUCUUCUUUUGAUUCUUUGACCCCAAAUGAGCAUGUUCAGGGAAGAGAUUCUAAUCCUGCAAGAUCAGAAGAAUCUCAAAUACCAGAAAAAGAAUUUGACGCCUCAAAUUUUAUCAACUCAGUUGUUCCUGAAACGGAGGAUGGUGAUGCAGAUAGGAAACCAUCUUCUAAGAUAAAAGAGUUUGUUGUUGAUACUCCCAAAGGCUCUUCUUUUGAUUCUUUGACCCCAAAUGAGCAUGUUCAGGAAACAGAUUCUGAUCCUACAAGAUCAGAAGAAUCUAAAAUACCAGAAAAAGAAUUUGAUGCCUCAAAUUUUACCAACUCAGUUGUUUCUCAAACAGAGGAUGGUGAUGCAGAUAGGAAAUCGUCUUCUAAGAUAAAAGACUGCAAUUAUUCCAAGGGUAGAUGGGUUGCAGAUAGCAGGCGGCCUUUGUAUUCUGGUUUUCAAUGUAAACAAUGGUUAUCUGAAAUGUGGGCAUGUAGACUAACCCAACGGACAGAUUUUUCCUUUGAGGGAUAUCGAUGGCAACCAGAAAACUGCAAAAUGCUGGAGUUUGAGAAAUCUGCAUUCUUGAGAAGGAUGCAGGACAGAACAAUUGCAUUUAUAGGAGAUUCACUGGGCAGGCAACAAUUCCAGUCUUUGAUGUGCAUGGCAUCUGGUGGGGAACGGAGGGAAGAUAUUGGAAAUGUGGGAAAAGAAUAUGGUCUUGUUAAAGCUCGUGGAGCCAUUCGUCCUGAUGGCUGGGCUUAUCGGUUUUCAAACACCAAUACCACCAUUUUGUAUUACUGGUCAGCAAGCCUUGCUGACUUAGAGCCUUUGAACAUCACUGACAAAGCCACUGAUGUUGCUAUGCAUCUGGACCGUGCACCAGCCUUCAUGAGACGAUUCCUCCAUCGGUUUGAUGUGUUAGUUCUUAAUACAGGACAUCAUUGGAACAGAGGGAAGAUAACAGCGAACCGUUGGGUGAUGUAUGUCAAUGGGAAGCCCCUUAAAGAUAGAAAACUCUUGGAAAUUGGGAAUGCCAAGAAUUUUACAGUGCAUAGUGUUGCCAGGUGGCUUGAUUCUCAACUUCCUUCUCAUCCCCGACUUAAGGCUUUCUUCAGGACCAUCUCACCAAGGCAUUUUCGUAACGGGGACUGGAACACUGGAGGUAAUUGUGAUAAUACCACUCCUUUGACUGGAGGGAGCGAAAUCUCACAGGAUGAAUCGAAUGAUCCAGUUAUUGCGGCUGCUGUUAAAGGAACAAAUAUCACGCUUUUGGAUAUCACUGCUCUCUCUGAGCUAAGAGAUGAAGGUCACAUCUCAAGGUACAGUGUUAAGGCAACAACGGGUGUAAAUGACUGCUUGCAUUGGUGCCUUCCUGGCAUUCCAGACACAUGGAAUGAACUUCUUAUUGCACAGGUAUAGAGUCAACCACACCAAUUAAGAUCAAGAUGGACAAGUGCAGAGAGCUAGAAACCAACAAGGGAAACUUUUAUCAUCAACUUUUUUUUUGAUACACGUCGUUUUUUGUGACAACUAUCUUAUUGAUUAGAAGAGAACAGUGAAGCAUCUAGCCAGUUCUGCCCAUUUCUCAUAUCCAUACAGGAAUUGAUUUCGCGAAUUGUAGUUUGAAUCCACCACGUAGUAGUUGCCAGAUAAAUCUGGCAAAGCUCGAAGAAAUAGUUUCCAUUCUGGAGUUGGACAUUUUCUGAGGAAUGAUGUAUGUAAUUCACGAUUGUCUCAAUACAAAGAAAAGAUUUACUCA